AAUUCGUCGAAAGUGUAUUGUAUUAACAUGUAGACGAGCUGGGAAAAAGUUCAUGGCGGAAAUUUUGAAGUACCGCCGAGAAAUGCCCGUGCGCCGCCCAAGAGCUCAGUCGUCCUCGACGGCGAUGGAUAGCCGCACUUUAUUCUACAGCUCCAUAUACGACUUUGACCUGCUCUACUUGAUGACCCGCAUAGCCACCAGCGUCUGGUUGCUCGCAUAGAGACAAUUGGCCAAAAGUAUUGCCGCUUACUGCACCCUAAAUCGAGCAUCGAAGGGAAAAGACCCUUCUCUCACGCUAUGGGCUUCACAACAGGCUUCCUCGGUGGUGUAACCCUCACGACCUCAAUUCUUUAUCUCGCGUCCGCGCUUCAUACACAGACCCGCGCGCGCCAACGCGAACUUCUCCGGCAGCAACGCCUUGUACUCUACAACAUUGUCGACCCACAACCCGAAAUUGAACUACCCACGCGGCGAGAAGUCCAGGUAGGUGUCGUGGAACAAGCGAAGGACGGUUGGAACCGCGAACUGGAGAAGGCCGUGCGGUGGGCACAAGAGAAAGACUGGGCACUACUCAGACAGGGGCUCGAGGAGGAUGUGGCUCGAUUAUGGAGCAGGGUGAAGGCGAGUACGGAGAAGAAGGCGGGUGAGGUCGUGGAGAAGGCUACGAAGUGAGGAUGAAAGGGGCAGUGGAUUCUCGCAACUUUACAAUUAGGGGUCAGCAAUGCAGUGAAGUCUUCACAAAUUUAGCUAUACAUCAUUAUCUGCAC